GCCGUACAACACAGACUGAGCCGCACAGGGACGCGUCACCAUGCCGACCGUCAAGAGCAAGAAGAAGAAGCCGAAGAAGGAGGUCAUCGACGGAGAGGAGCAGGGAGAAGUGGGUGUGGAGAUGGAGAUGGAGGAAGGGGUCAACAGGAGCCACUCUGAAAGCAGAGAGCCUUUGACCCCAGAGCCACCGGAUGCGGCACCACAGAAGAGGAAGAAAAAGAAGAAGGCGCCGACUAUCGACCAGGAAACAGAACACGCUGACGUGCCAAACGGUAACAUGGCUGAGCCGGCCUCUGACGGAGAGGAGACGACUGUAGCUGUGAGAAAGACCAAGAGGAAAAAGAAAGCUAAGGCGACGGAGCACUACAGCAACGACCUGGGAGCCGAAGACGACGACAUCAUCACAGACGCUCAGUCCCCCAUCCCCCAGCAUUCCUUGUUCUCCGCCCCCCACGGACACAGCCAGCCGGUCGGCAAAGUCUUCGUGGAGAGGAACAGGCGUUUCCAGGGAGACCGAGUGGAGCAGCUCCGACACUCAGAGCUGAUGGACGACUACAUGGACCCCAGACAGAUCUGGACCACCAGAGACGUCGCACUGAGGGUCCACAGUAGCUUCAGGGUGAUCGGUCUGUUCUCUCACGGGUUCCUGGCCGGCUACGCGGUGUGGAACAUCAUCGUCGUGUACGUGCUGGCGGGCGAACAGAUGACCACGCUGCCCAACCUGCUGCAGCAGUACCACCCGCUGGCUUACCCCGCCCAGUCCCUGCUCUACCUGCUGCUCGCCAUCAGCACCGUGUCUGCGUUCGACAGAGUGAACCUGGCCAAGGCCUCCAUGGCCCUGAGAGGCUUCCUCACCCUGGACCCCACUGUUCUGGCCUCUUUCUUGUAUUUUAUAGCCCUGAUCCUGUCGCUGAGUCAACAAAUGACCAGUGAUCGUAUCAACCUUUAUCCCACAGCCAACGAGACUCUGUGGCCUCCAGGUUCAGAGCAGCAGAUCCUGCGGCCGUGGAUUGUAGUGAACCUGGUGGUGGCGCUGUUGGUGGGCCUGGCCUGGGCCGUCGUCUCCUCACGGCCAGAUAUCGACUACACAGAAGAGUUUUUGAUGGCGAUGGAGGUGGAGGGAUACCCGAGAGGAGACGAGAACCUGGACGUCCCAGCCUGAACCCUGAGAACCUCUCUCUCUAUCUCUCUCUCUCUACCUCUCUCUCUCUCUCUCUCUCUUAAUCAAAAUCUGUUUUCUUGUUUG